CUUGCACCUCCAAACACCAAGUAACCACAACGAAGCGAGCCUCAGCGGUCCCCAGCUCGGCGCUCACGAACUGCCUCAGGCCGACUGCCGCGAACGAACUCGAAUCCUUUGCCUCUCUCGACUCCAUAUUUGGCCUUUCGCCGGCCGUGCUUCCGUGCUGUGGGCAGAUACACGCUUCCGUUGACGUCUAGCGGACCCAACGCAAGAGGUGGUCCAUCCACUCAGUCGAUUUUCUUUUUUGAGCCAAUCGUAUAGAUCAGCUUUGUAUCUUUCAAGACCUUCGAGAAGAACAUUUGGAUCUUUUUGCAGCAUAUCCAGUGCUGUGCCAUCACCAUGCCUAGCAAAACACCCCACAACAAUGCUGGAAAAGACGGCGACGAUAGCAUGACUGUGGUUGUACCCCCCUCGAAAGCUCCCAAGCAGCCUGCGCCGGCGACCGAUGCUGAAGGUGACGUGGCAAUGGACGUCGACAACGCCGAAGGCAAGGAGGAGAAGGUUGAUCCCGCAGUUCAGGCCGUAGCAGAUAUCAAAAGCAACUUUGCUCUUCUUGACCGAGCUGUUGCGCUCUUCGACGCCCGUUUCUCCCUGCGAGCCCUCCGAUCCAUCUCUCUCAUCCGCAAACACCUAUCACCAGAUGUCAUUGCACAGGCGAUUGCCGACACAUACCCCGCCAACUCGGCAUCAGGCAGCAUUGCGAAGAGCCUCCUAGCUGCGGUUGGCCGAGAGGAUGUCGCGCUUGGCCGUGCCGCCAGCGCUGAGAUGGAUGUGGACAGCGACUUCAAGACUGUCAAGAACGGAGCUUCCAAGAAGGAAGCCAAGGAGAUCAUUCCGGAGAUCGACGUCUUCCUAGGCAUCUUGAUUCAAGUCUAUCUUUUUGACGCCAAACAGUACCAGCAAGGAGCCGAUUUCUCCAAGUUCCUGUCUGAUCGCAUCCAGACUCUGAACCGCCGAACGCUGGACUGCCUCUCCGCCAAGGUCUACUUUUACUUUUCGCUCUUUUGCGAGUACAUUGCUCCGCUGCCCCCGUCUCCCGAAUCGCCCAUUGUGGCUAUCCGACCUACUCUUCUUGCCGUCCUUCGAACCGCCGUGCUGCGCAAGGACACUGAUACUCAGGCUUCGGUCAUCGUCCUUCUAUUAAGAAAUUAUCUCCUGACGUCGCACAUCAAGCAAGCCGACCUGCUUGUCUCACAUACACAGUUCCCCGAGAAUGCUGCGAACAACCAAGUGGCACGUUUCUUGUACUAUCUGGGUCGGAUCCGGUCUAUCCAACUGCGAUACACAGAGGCACACGAGCAUCUCACAGCCGCCACACGUAAGGCGCCGUCGAGCGGUUGUGCCGUGGGCUUUUCACAAACUGCCACCAAGCUGUUGCUUGUUGUCGAGCUGUUGAUGGGAGAUAUUCCCGACAGAGCUACCUUCCGCCAGCCUUCUCUGGAGGAUGCUCUACACCCAUACUUCCUGCUGGUUCGGGCCGUGCGAGUGGGCAACUUGGAAGACUUUGAGACUACCAUUGCUGAUAACGCUGAUAUCUUCAAGCGAGACGGAACCUACACACUUAUUCUCCGUCUGCGCCAAAACGUCAUCAAGACUGGCAUCCGUAUGAUGUCUUUGUCAUACUCACGUAUUUCUCUGCGCGACAUUUGCAUUCGUCUGCAUCUUGGUAGUGAGGAGUCGGCUGAGUACAUUGUCGCCAAGGCCAUUCGAGACGGCGUGAUUGAGGCUACAUUGGAUAGAGAAAACGGAUUUAUGAAGAGCAAGGAAGUGGGCGAUGUGUAUGCGACAAGAGAGCCAGGAGAGGCCUUCCACGACCGAAUUCGAGCUUGCCUUGCUCUUCACGAUGAGAGCGUCAAGGCAAUGCGAUUCCCCAUGAAUCAACAUCGCCUUGAACUGAAGAACGCCCAAGAGGCGCGUGAGCGCGAGCGAGAAAUGGCUAAGGAGAUUCAGGAGGGCGACUUGGACGACGAUGACCUUGGUGGAGACCUGGAUGGCAUCUAAUAAUUAUCUUUACCCACGUUGAUAUGUUUACUAUGGCUACUUUCUUCUAUUACACCAAACAAUAGCUCCGAUUUCUGCAGAGGAUUUAUUGGGUGGCUUGCACCUUGUGAUGAGCGAUUGUGCUUCGUCUUGAAGAUGCUUAUUAGUGGACGAUAACUAGGAGUGCACAUGAGUGUGAUUGACUUGAUACAGUGCUGGUAGGCGUGCAAAACAGUGAGGAUCAGGUCUAUAGAAGGCUGGGGGCGUAUGGCUAAUGAGAGGUAAGUCGUGAGAAGAUGGAAUUAGAAGUAAUUGAAUCUAUUUUUUAACAGUUUGAUGCACCGUAUGCAGAUUUAUUCUGUUGUUAAGAGACGAUACUUUGAUGA